CAAGCUCAAGGGAUGAAGAACGGGAACAAGAUGACUUCCAUUUCCAUAACGAUGCUGAUCUCUGUGCUGUUUUUGGUGUUAGUGACACCAAGAUCAGAUGGGGCAUAUCUGGAGCAGCAAUGGUGUGUAGCUGAUGAACAAACGCCAGAUGAUGUUCUACAGCUGGCUAUGGAUUGGGCAUGCGGUAUUGGGGGUGCAGACUGCAGGAUGAUCCAACCAAACAAGUCCUGCUACCUUCCCAACACUGUUAGGGACCAUGCAUCCUAUGCCUUCAACAGCUACUGGCAGAAAUUCAAAAACUACGGAGGUUCUUGUUACUUCAAUGCUGCUGCCAUGGUCACUGACUUGAACCCAAGUCAUGGUUCAUGUCACUUUGAGUCACUUUCCUGAUACUAAGAAACCAUGCCAUGAUUAAGAUUUUCAGCUUUUCUCUUAAUGAUGCUUAAUUAAGCUGAUCGUCUUGCUGGGUAAAUCUCUCCCUUGGUUCAAGAAAGACAAGGCUAGGCAGCAGACUAUGAAAUUUACUUCUCUAAAUUUAUUGUGUUUGUCAUAAUUAAUAUGAUCAUAGAUGUUUAGAUAUCAAUCUAAGGUGUUUUCUGUGAUCUAAGAAACAAGGAUAAUUGAUUAA